CACAUAAACCAAACACAGACGGGAACUCAGCUUGAUAAGCGAUUUACAGUUACAGAUCAGAGAUCCAGCACGCAAUUUCUGGCCAAUUGAAAAGAUUUAAAAAAAAGAGAGAGAGAGAGAGCGGAGGCGACUCCAACACACAGGCGCUCACACGCACACGAUUUGCGGCAGCGUUCUUUGUUGCAAAUUACGGUUGGCCCCCCUUCCACUAACCCAGAGAUCCACGAUCCACCAGCCAGUUGCUUCCAGCCCGUGCUCCGAUGCAGACGUCUCGCUGAAGCAACAACAAAUCACUGCACUGGAAAGGAGCGCACAGCACAACCAUGUCGGCGGUGAACCAGAAGGAGAGUCCCAGCCGGGACUCCACGGCCUCCACAUCCGGGCACAUCUCAAUGCUGGCUGACAACACAUUGGAGUCGCUAUCGCGGGAUUAUAGUUUGGGCAGCUUGAACUCGGCGGGAAGCCAGGACGAGUUCUUCCGGUGCCGCGACCAUGCCGACAACAUCCUCAAGCGGAUGCAGCUUUACGUGGACAGCCAGCAGCUCUGCGACGUAGUCCUUAUAGCUGGAAUCGAUGGCAAGCGGGUGCCCGCUCACCGCCUGGUGCUAUCGGCGUCGAGCGCCUAUUUCUCUGCCAUGUUCACGGGAUCGCUGCGCGAGACCAAGGAGCAGGAGGUGACCCUCGGGGAGGUCCACGGCGACGCACUGCACCUGCUGGUCCAGUACUGCUACACCGGGUUCAUCGAGAUGCGCGAGGACACCGUGGAGACGCUGCUGGCCACCGCCUGUCUACUGCAGCUAACCGCCGUCGUCACCGCCUGCUGUAACUUCUUGGCCCGCCAGCUCCAUCCAUCCAACUGCCUGGGAUUCGCCUUUUUUGCGGAGCAGCAGAGCUGCACCACGCUGCUGCGACUGGCGCAGGCCUACACCUGCCAGUACUUCAUGCAGGUGUGCCAGAACCAGGAGUUCUUCCAGCUAAACGCCGACCAGUUGGGCAAGCUGCUGAGCAGCGAUGAUCUCAAUGUGCCCUCCGAGCAGGAUGUCUUCCACAGCCUGAUGUCGUGGGUGCGCCACGAUGCCACUGCCCGCGAGCAGCACAUCCCUGAGCUGCUGGCCCUGGUGCGACUGCCACUCCUCCAGCCCGCCUUUAUCAUGGAUCACGUGGAAAACGUGUGCAACGCCAACGAGUGCCAACAGCUGGUGAUGGAGGCCUUCAAGUGGCACCUAAUGCCCGAGCGCCGAUCCCGGAUAGCCACCGAACGGACCACGCCGCGGAAAUCCACGGUAGGCCGUCUCCUGGCCGUCGGCGGAAUGGAUGCCCACAAGGGGGCCAUCAGCAUCGAGAGCUAUUGCCCGCGAUUGGACAAGUGGACACCGUGGAAGCACAUGACCGGUCGACGUCUGCAGUUCGGCGCCGCCGUCAUGGAGGAUAAGCUAAUCUUGGUGGGCGGACGCGACGGGCUGAAGACCCUGAACACCGUGGAGAGUUUGGACCUGAAUACGAUGGCCUGGGCGCCGCUCAACGCCAUGGCCACACCCCGGCACGGACUGGGUGUAGCGGUGCUGGAGGGUCCACUCUAUGCGGUGGGUGGUCACGACGGCUGGAGCUACCUGAACACCGUGGAGAGAUGGGACCCCAUUGCCCGCACUUGGAGCUAUGUGGCGCCCAUGUCCUCGAUGCGCUCCACCGCCGGUGUGGCUGUUUUAGGCAGUCGUCUGUACGCGGUGGGCGGGCGCGACGGUUCCGUCUGCCAUCGCUCCAUCGAGUGCUACGAUCCACAUACCAACAAAUGGAGUCUCCUGGCGCCAAUGAAUCGACGACGCGGCGGUGUGGGCGUGACGGUGGCAAAUGGUUUCCUGUACGCCUUGGGUGGCCACGACUGCCCUGCCAGCAAUCCAAUGGUCUGUCGGACGGAGACAGUGGAGCGCUACGACCCAGCCACCGAUACCUGGACCCUGAUCUGCUCGCUGGCCCUGGGCCGGGAUGCCAUUGGCUGUGCCCUGCUGGGCGAUCGCCUGAUCGUCGUUGGCGGCUACGAUGGCAAUCAUGCCCUGAAGAGCGUCGAGGAGUACGACCCGGUGCGCAAUGGAUGGAACGAGCUGGCGCCAAUGGCUUUUGCGAGGGCCGGCGCCUGUGUGGUGGCCAUUCCCAAUGUCAUACCGCCGGCGGCCCAACAGCCGCCGCCCAGUGCUACAGUUUAGUCUAAACCCACUCCACUUUCGGUUGCAGUGUAGGCCCGUUGAAUGCAUCGCUAGAUACGGAAAUCUAUUCCGGAUAUUCUGAUAGCUUUUUAGGAACGAUCUGCAUUUAUUGCAUAGCCAAAUUGUUACUUAAACAAUGAAAAACUUGAAGUAAUUACUUUGAUCCUUAACCUAAUAGAAUUUUGUAGAAUUUUAAACUUUACUAGAAAGUAAUUCACUUAUUUUGGUAGAGUCCAUUGCAUUCCAAAAUUUUAUUCGGCAUGCCGAAGCAUAUAUAUACAUUUUGUUUUCAAUACAGCUUUCGAAUUUUAAAUUAACGUUUAUUGUAUAGGACGCAUGAAUAAGCCACAUUCCAUAUUUGCAAACUAAAACAAAUUAAAUUAAAUAUAAAUUUAAGAUAAAUAUUAUCAUUUUUUUGUUUAUCCCUUAUAUUACACAAGUAGUAGAUAAACAUUUAUUUAUUUUUAAAAAUAUAAUCAUUUUCAUUUCCAUAUAUUUAAUUAGGAAAAGAAAUACCAAAAAUCUUAAGCCUUGUUAAGACUUCAGAUACAUUUUAGCCUGAAAGCGAUGCACUUAGCGAAAAUACACUGCACCUUAUUCUAUAGUAGUUGUUGUUACUGUUGCUGUAAGCUGCUCGUGGUUGUUGCUCGUGUUCCUUAACCCGGCCAGCUUGAAAACGCAGCUCACCUUCGCCUCGCCCUUGUCUGUGUUCUGACAUAAUUCCCCUUGGUAUGGCAUAUGUGCACCCAGAAUUCACCCACUCUCCCAAACACCUUGAACUCAGUAUUCCUGUAAAUUCACCUACUUUUGGCUGCUAUCUAAACAUAUGUAAAUCCUAAAAAAAAAAGAAAAAUAAUAACAAAGAGAAAUCUCAUAGGUUUUAAGAAACGCAUGCUGCGAGGCUUCCAAGCUAAACUCGAUCCCUAGCUGUAAUUAACCAACGUAUUUUAUACGAUCCCUAGAUCCUUAGAUUGUAACCAUUAUUCUCCAUCCCACUCACUCCAUGGUGUCGUACGCUUCACACACUGCAUUCCAUUUCGCUCGCACCGGUGACGGGCCCACAUUCCAUCGAUAUCGUAUAUGUAUAUCAAUCGUAUAUAUCCUAGAUAAGACUGCGUCAAGCCAAAAUUCCAAAACAAACAAAAUACUGCUCAUUUUUGCAUGUGAAGUGUGCGAGACCAUUCAAACAAAAAAAAAAACGAAAACAAUCAAAAAAGACAGCUGCAAAUGCUUAGUUUUAGUUAGUAAAUACGUAUACCAUGGAAUGAUUAAAUUUCGACUUCUGCAUCGUCAUUUUGUACCGAUAUUAGCCAGUAAAUAAUAGAUGUGUGUGUGCGUACAGCGAGCAUUUAUUUCUAAUUGUUUAUUAUGUUUUUAUUUCUUUCUUUUCCCUUUCCCUUCGAUUGCAUUUAAAAAAUAAAGAAAAAGAAGAAGUGGAAGCCAGUGAGAUUGGAUCCAAUCUGCUAUAAUAGGCGUCCCAGAUCUGUCGAGUUUGUCGACUACUAUAACAUGUAAAUGCAAGACAGACAAGACAACAAACUAAACAAACUAUAAACUAUAAACAUUUAAGCCAAGCUACGAAAAACACAAGAAAACAUACAUAAAAAAUACAAAAAAAAAAGAAUCCAAAUAUUAUGUAUUAUUUUAUAUUUACACAUAUAUAUAUUUUUACACAAAACAUACACUGCAUAAAUGUAUACACUGGAUAUGUAUUUUUUGUAAUAAAAGCCUAAAUAAAACGGUUA